AGUUAUAUUCACCUCAGUGGACGACGACCCCUACAACCUUUUUCUCCUAUUUAUAGCCAUCUUUCACUCAUAACAUCCUACCAAACCAUCUAGAUCUAUUACAUUUUUAUAGGAAUCUUGUCCUCCAUUGAAGUCAAAAGGUAACAUUUGCAUACUUUGAUAUCAAAAAUGGCAUCAAGCUCACUCUAUUCAAGUAGCUCCACCUCCUCAUGGACGCCACAACAAAAACAAAUUUUUGAGAGAGCUCUUGCAGUAUAUGAUAGGGACACCCCUGAUCGUUGGCAAAAGAUUGCAAGAGCAGUGGGUGGAAAAUCAGCAGAAGAGGUGAAGAGGCACUAUGAAGUGUUGAUUGAAGAUCUUAGGCAUAUUGAGUCUGGCAAUGUUCCUUUUCCCAAUUACAGAAGUUAGUCCA